CUUGCACCAUAAGGCAAACCCACCUCCCUCUCCCGUUUACGUUAUAUACUCUUACCAACCAACGAGAUCAAGACGACAAAAACCCGAAAACCGACCUCUAAAAUCACUUAAAAAAACGAUGGAAAUCCAGGAACUUACCGACGACAACGAGAUCGUCUUCUUCGAUCUAGAAACGAACGUGCCAAACAAACCCGGGCAGCAUUUUCACAUCCUCGAGUUUGGAGCCAUCGUUGUCUGUCCGAGGAAACUUAUAGAACUCGAGAGCUUCAGCACUCUCGUACGACCCAAGGACUUGGCCGUGGUCUCCUUGAGGUCGUCUAGGUCCGGUGGAAUCACGAGAGGUACGGUAAUGGAGGCCCCGAGUUUCGAGGAAGUGGCUGACAAGAUCUACGCUGUGUUGAACGGUCGGAUUUGGGCAGGACACAACAUCAGGAGAUUCGAUUGUGUCAGAAUCAAAGACGCUUUCCGACAGAUCGGGAAGCCAGCUCCUGAGCCUGCGGGGAUCAUUGAUUCUCUUGGGAUUUUAUCCAAAAAGUUCGGAAGAAGAGCUGGUAACAUGAAGAUGGCAAGUUUGGCUGCCUAUUUCGGUCUUGGAGAACAAAAGCAUAGGAGUCUCGAUGAUGUUCGGAUGAAUCUAGAGGUCCUCAAGCACUGCGCCACCGUACUUUUCUUGGAGUCUAGCCUACCAAACAAAUUGAAUGGAAAAUUGCAAAGCCCUUCAACGAUAAUGACGAGAAGCAGAAGUAAUAACAUCAACAACACCAAGUUUGGAGGCAACGAAGAAAGCAUACGACGAAAGUCUCCCACGACGGCUUCUUUGGGUUACCAAAGGGCGGUACCCUACACGAGGGGUAGCUUGGGAAAGAUAACAGAGAGCGUGAAGAGCUUGUUGUGCAACCAAUCUCUCCAGAGCUUGAUCAAGCAUUCCCAUUCCUUACUUAGAUGAUUAAUCACACUCUAAUUCAACUCUUCCAAAGAUUAAUUAUUACUUUCGUCCAUUUAUUUUAUACAAUACUUUUUUUUUCAAAAGAAGAAUUCAAUUGUACAGAACUAUAACCAAUCAACAACGUGUACAAAAAGCACACACACAUAUAUAUAUGUAUGUAUGCAUGUAUGUAUGUAUGUAUUA